UUUAAGUUGACGUUAUUUCUUUCGUGCGGUUCAGUCGCGUACAACGCUAUAUCGGGCAAUGUUCUUCCAAAGUUUUUUCCAUGAGCUUUUUUAGUUUCAUGCCACGUUCAAUUUUUUGAACCGCGUAGUGUUUCCGGACAAAUGAUACAGUCUCGUAAGAGCUGUACUUAAUGGCUAGUACAUGUACAAGUCAAUCCUUACGUUUAUCAUUGUCAUCAACGCGUUGGUCAAUGUCGUAUCUCGCACCGAGAAUUCGAGGAUCUUUACGUCGACCAUUACAUUUUACGUCGAGAUGGACUAUGACGGAAGCGAAUAUUUUGUACUGUUCGGUAUCCGUCUGGUACCGUGUGAUGAAUAACUCGAGCAAAAGUUUCUUCAGAUGGAUCAUAUCAGAAAUAUUCUGCUGCUGGAAACGACAGAACGAACUUCCCGAAAACUUGGUCGCCGUGGGCUACACAGAGAUGACACACUCCAGUACGGCGGACGGGCUCCAACUGCAACCAUUGUCGCUGAGAGAAUACGUCAACACGCUGGAGCCUUACAAUCCCGAAAUUCACGGCUGGAGGGACACAACGCCGCCCGUCAUGCGGUCCGUCAAGCACGGCGGGCGAGCGACGCAGCUUGUGACGGCCAUCCAGAGUUCGGGACUACACGACAUAGAAAUACUAGGCGUGCCCGACGACCACAGCUAACGACGGCGUUUGAUGACAUCAUACAGUCGACAUCGUAAACCAUGUACAUACGAAACCACCAAAAAAUGUAACGAAAUAUUAUUAUUAUUGUUUAUUGAUAAUAUAAAAAAAAAUAUUGUU